AUGGAGCCUGAGAGCUUUUUAAAGAAUACGAAGAACAACACGAUGCUCGUACUCUGUAUGUGCAUGAAUGAUUAUCAUGGCACACCAAAAUUCUUGCAACAACAUCGUCCGUUUACCGUUGCAUCCACAGUGACAUCACCCAAGUACGUCACGUUGGAGAGGCGCGGCGCCAUCUACACGACGGAGGGAUAG